CAAUUAAAUCACCCCCAACGCCCGCAAGAACACCUGAGAGAUACGUGCAUAUAGAACCCACGGACGGCCAAUGUGAGCCGACUCGUAUGCCUAUUCAUGUCGUCGUGUGCCAACCAGCAGCGUACGUGUGUUGGGUGCUACUUCUGCUCCUCGGCGUGUCCGUUGGGCUGCAGGGGGGCCUUCUCUUCCUCCUUCUCCUCCUUCACCGCAGCCAUACCCUCAUCCUUCGCAGCACCGUUCUGAACACACACAUACCACACGUACACACACGUGCAGACGUAUACGUCAGUUGACGUCGUGUCAUGCAUGUCGUGUGCACCCCUCACCUCCGUCUUGGUGGCCUCAGCUGUCUCCUCUACUUUCUCCGCCUGCUCAGUCUUGUCCUCGCCCUCGCCCUCGCCCUCCCCAGCCCCCUCGCCAGCUGCUUCCCCCUCCUGUUUGGCCUCAUCGGCGUGGGCCCCAUCACCGUUCUGCUCGGGUGCCGCACCGUCCAUGAGCGCCUCGAGCUGCGGGGGCGGCUUGGAAGGCGCUGUGUUGGCCUGCGGAUUUUCAAACUCCUUGUCGUAGUACUUGGACUCGUUGAAGUAUCGCGCCUCGACCACCUUGUCGCCGAAUUUGCGUCCGCCGAUGCCCUUCUUGGCCUUGCUGGCGCCCUCCACCUUGGAGAACUCGACAAACGCCUUGCCGAUGGCCGUCAUGUCCUGCUCGUGGAAGGGGAUGCCCCUGAUGGGCUGGGGCAUCUCCAUCGACAGCACCUCCCCAUAGGUGCCGCACUCCUCCUUGAUGUCCGUGAAGAUCUCCUGGUACUCCUUCUGGUCGAGCAGCUCGUCCGCCGUGCACAGGUUGGUCAGCAUCACCACGCGCGACGGCCGCUCGUACAUGGCCAUCGCACCCAUGGCCGACGCGUUGGCCUUGACGAUGGCGAUGACCUCAUCGUCGUUGAGGAAGCAGUCCUCCGCGUUCUUGACGAUGAGGUUCUCGCCGCCCAGCUGCAGCCCGUCCAGCGCCUGCUGGGCCGCCACCGUCUUCUCCACACUGUCGUACUCGACCAGACAGAUGCCCUUGUGCACACCGGUGGCCUCAUCCUUGGCCAGGAAGAAGUAAUUCAUCGACCCGAACGAGCUCAUGAACUCACGGAGGUCCUCUUCCUCCAUGCUCAGAGGCAGCUUCUUGACACACAGACGCUCAGGCCGCCCGGCAGCAGCGGCGCCCAUCAUGGGGAUGCCAGGGAUAGCCAUGCCCGCACCAACGAUGGCAGGGGGCGACAUGCCGUCGGUGCCGGGGAGGGGUGGGAUGACCAUGUCAGAUGCUACGCCAGCUGCACCGAGGCCGGGGAGUGCGGCUAGGCCGCCAGCUGAGAUGGCACCGGCCGUUCCUGCGCUUGGCAAGCCCGCUGGAGGGGCCGGGAUCUGAUCGACAGCACAACACACACAGAGAGAGCGCAGCCAGGCUGUGAGUGAAUAUGGGGCCCUCUGUGAGGCAUGGAUGGCAUGUGUGGAGGGAGGUAUUCAUUCCCACGUGACGUACGUGCAUGAGCAGUGUUGACGGGAGUGAGGGGGGCGCCGGCUGGCUCAGCGUGCCGUACACGGCGGUCCAACCCAACUGCCCGGCGUUGAAGAGCGCCUGUGCCGCAUCAGCGUACGUCUUGGGCCGCCCAACCUUGAGUGCGUUGCCGAGCAGCACAAUCCCGUUGAGGUGCAGGCCGUUGGUAGCCUCCUCCACCGAGCGGGCCUCCACGAACGAGUAGUGGCGCUGCGUCUGCCCGUCGGUGGCCACCCACGCGUUGACGAAGGGGUUGCCGGGGGCCGUGUUGCCCUUGAUGGCCAGCAGCGCCUGGUUCAUGAACUCCAGCAGCUGGGGCACCGUGAUGCCCGGCGGCAGGUUGCCCACAUACAGCUCGCGGGCUGGUUUGGUCGUCUGCGCCGUCACGCCCCCUCCCGACGUCUGGUUGAUCUGCUGAGCCGCCGCCUGGGCCACCAUCAGCGGAUCCAUGGCUGCUGCUGCCAUGUUGCCGUACAUGCCGGGGAUGCCGGGCAGAGCAGGGGCGGCCAUGGCGAGGCCGCCAGCAGACGGGGGAUCCGGCACGUUGGUGGUGCUCGUGGCCGCGACCGCAUCCUUUGGGGGGCUGUCAAACCGGAAGCCCCGCUCACGAGAGCCCCUCAUGCGGUCGUGCUCAUCGGCCUGUGCGGCCCGGUCUCGCUCGGCUUUGUCCCUCCACCAGUCCCGGAUGCGAUCACGCUCUCUGUCGCGCCACUCGCGAUCCUUCCACCUCUCCUGAAGACACACAGCGAUCAACAACAGGCGCUUCAGGGUUUCCCCCCUCUGCUCGUCUCGUUGGGUGUGCAUGUGUGCGUUACGUCGUGGUGCUCCCAGGGCGGCCGGUCGGUGCGCUCGGUGCGGUCAUCGUGGCCGGAACGGGACGACCUGUGCUCCCUGCCCACACAGCACACCACACCAGCACACGGAGCAGAUGAAUGUUGGUCGAUGUGUUGGAUGUGGGUGACACUUUGCCUACCGCUUGUCUCUGUCGUUGUCCCUGUCCUUGUCCCUGUCCUUGUCCCGUCGCCUUUCCUUAUCUCGAUCCCUAUCCCUGUCCCGACUGCGGCUGCGCUUCCGCCGGUCACGGCUCCUCCUACACACACGCACACACACACACACACACACAAGAUCACACGGAACAGGUGGCAAGCGUGCAUGUGGUGCUGUGUGGGUCUCACUUGCGCCUAUCUCUGUCCCGAUCUCUGUCCCUGUCGUCCUCAUACUCAUGUGAACGGUCUCGGUCCUGAUCACGACUCCUGCAGAAAGCAGAAAGAACACAAACAUACACACAGUUGCUGGUGAUCCAACCACCGGGAGUGGUGUGCAGCUGGGGUCAGCUCACUUGCGCUUGUCCCUGUGUCGGUCCUCCCGGUCCCUGUGUCGGUCCUCCCGGUCUCUGUCAUCGUCGCGCUCACGACCACGGCCACGCUCACGCCUCCGCUCCUCCCUGAGUCCAUCAGAGUGUAGAGAUCGGCCAUCAGACAAGACUCAUCGCGGGUGUGUGUAUCAUCAUGCUGUAUGUGUGUGCAUGGCUUGGCUUGCUUACCUAUCCCUGUCACGGUCUUUGUCUCGGUCCCUAUCCUUGUCCUUGUGACGGCGCCGCUCCUCUCUCUCCGUCAUGACGAUCACACAAUUGAGCUGAUCUGCCAACCACACUCGCUAGAUCUUACGAUGCCAACAGCAGCUAGAUUGCGAUAUUUCGU